AUGGUGAAGAGAAAACAGAAUGGGAAAAUUUUGCACUCAAAGGCAUAUGAAGACGAUUCGCUAAAAGAGAAAGAUUCAAAAGUUGAAAAAGUUGAAGAUGGAGAAGAACCUGAAGAAGAAGAAAUAUUUGAUGGCUUUCUGGAUAAUGAAGAAGAUGAAGCUGAGGAAUUUGAAGAAAAAGAACCUAAAGCAAAGAAGCAAAAAGCUCAACUCUCCGCACAUGACAUUCAAGUCGCUAGAGAAACUGCAGAAUUAUUCAAGUCUAAUAUUUUCAAACUUCAGAUCGAUGAGCUUAUCAAAGAGUUAAAAUUUAAAGAUCACUAUGUCGCAAGGGCUGAGCAAGCUUUGCGGGCAUUGCAUGGAAUCAUAUCCAAAAUCCCUCCUUUGGAAAACUUGACUUUGUCACAGGCAGAGCACCACUUCAAUUCAAAGAAGGUCGUCAUUCCAUUUCCAGACCCCAAACCUUCAAAACUCAAUUAUUCUUUUUCUUAUUUACCACCUGAAGACAUUUCUCUUGUGGGAUCUUUUGGGUUGAAGACUGGAACGUUUCUGAAGGAAGGAAUGUCUAUUGAUCUCGCUUUAACAAUGCCGAGAACUUUACUUCAACCUAAGGAUUAUCUUAACUAUAGGGCUCUCUACAAGCGAGCUUUCUACGUUGCCUAUUUGGUCGAGAACCUUAUUUCAUUGACAAAGAAAAACCAUUUACCUGUCAAAAUGACGUAUGAAUUCUUGAAUGAUGAUGUUUUGUGUCCUGUGAUACGGUUAGAAAGUAUCGAAACUUCUAAUCCAGAAGACUUGUGCUUCUCCAAGACAAGAUUUUCGAUUAAGCUUCUUGUCGGGUUUCCUUGCGGAUUUUUCGACUCAAAGAAGUUAUUGCCAGAUAGGAAUUGUAUUCGAGUCCAGCAUGAGUCUUCCAAUCUUCCUCCAACACCUAUUUACAACUCAUCUAUACUCUCUCUGUCAUCUUAUGAUCAUUAUCUCAAGUAUCUUUAUGCUGCAAAAAAGUCGACAGAAUUUUUCAAAGAUGCUUGUAUAUUAGGAAAACUCUGGUCCCAACACAGAGGAUUUGGUUCCCUGUUUAACUCUGGUGGGUUUGGCCAUUUUGAAUUCAGUGUUAUUAUGGCAGCAUUAUUGAAUGGAGGAGGUAUAAGUGGAAAUAAGAUAUUAUUACAUGGCUUUUCCUCAUAUCAAUUAUUUAAAGGGACAAUAAAAUAUUUGGCAACAAUGGAUCUACGCUCCGGCUACCUUUCAUUCUCUAGUAAGAUAGAAGGGGCCCCUACUUCGAAAUAUCAUGCUGAUACUGAUUUUAAUGUUCCAACGGUAUUUGAUCGGAAUAUUCGAUUAAAUGUACUCUGGAAAAUGACGAGUUCAUCGUAUCAGCUGUUACAGAAGCAAGCGGCAGAAACACUCAUGCUAUUAAAUGACGUCGUUAAAGAUAGAUUUGACCCUAUAUUGCUUCAAAAAUCCGAUCAAGACCAAAUGAAGUUUGAUAUGGUCUUAGACAUAGAAGCACCUGAGGAAAUGUAUGAGGGAUUUGGACCGCUCGAAAAAAUUUCCUUCAUUACGUUUGAGAAUUUCUUCAAGCACAAACUAUAUCUGAUAUUGCAUAGUGCUCUAGCGCAUCGGGUUUCAUUAAUAUCUAUCAAGAAUAUAAAAAACAAAGGAAAUUUUCCUCUUUCCAAAAGGAAGCCUUAUGAUAGUCGACAUAAAUUUACAAUUGGGUUACAGUUGAAUCCCGAAGAGUGCGAAAAAUUAGUCACGAAGGGACCUGCUAAUGACAAUGAAGAACUUGGAACGAAAUUCAAAAUUUUCUGGGGCAAUAUGGCGUCUUUGAGGAGAUUUAAGGAUGGUUCGAUACAGCAUUGUGUUGUAUGGACUGUAAAAGAUAAUGAGCCCAUUAUAAUAUCUAUUGUGAAAUAUGUACUAGAUCUUCAUUUAUGCCCUAAUUCUUCGCUGUACUUGCUGACGAAUUCAUCUAUCUUGAGAAAUAGACUACCAACUCCAUUAUUGCCUGCUGCUUUAAGUCAUGUCACGUCAUUAAAUAGUUUUGUGACCUUGAAAGGCUCCUUUGAAAAUUUAUCAAAGAUAAUAAGUUCUUUAGAGUUACCGCUAAAAGUCAAAUCACUUUUACCAGUUUCGGUUUCUAUGCGAUACUCCUCCUUGUUGCAACCUGUUCCUUUCGCAUCCUCUAAUCCAGACUUCUGGAAUGAUGCUGUAUUACAAUUUGAAAUAUCAAGUAAAUGGCCAGACGAAUUGACUGCCUUGGAAGAUAUCAAGUCUGCAUUCUUGUUAAAGAUUGCCCAUUUUCUUCUCAAGGAUACAGUUUACAGACCAUUUCUCACAAAAGAUGAAUCGAUUCCAUUCAAUGAAAAAGCAACUGCGCUCAACGUUUUAACUCCGGAAGGAUUUGGGUUCAAGAUCAGAGUAUUGACUGAAAGAGAUGAAAUUUUAUACUUAAGAGCGAUUGAUAAUGCACAGAAGCAGAGAGCCUUAGCGCAAGAGAUUUAUUUGAGAUUUUACCGUACUUAUAUUGGUUCCAUAAAACACACAAGAACAGUGAGUUUAUUAGCUCAUCAUUUUGCUUUUUUCUCUCCUUGCGUUAGAAUUUUCAAGCAGUGGCUCGACUCUCAAUUGUUACUUCAUCAUUUUUCUGACGAGCUUGUGGAGCUAAUUGCCCUUAAACCAUUUGUGGACCCUGCUCCAUACUCAACUCCUCACUCUCCUGAGAAUGGAUUUUUGCAAAUAUUGAAUUUUCUUUCGCGAUGGAAUUGGAAGGAAGAGCCAUUGAUUUUGGAUUUAGCUAGACGAAAUGAGGAAUUUGAAGAAGUUCUUUCUGAUAAGCUUAGUGAUAGGUUGACAAUCCAGGCCCAUAGGGUGAUCGAACUGAAUUUUGAAAAAAUACGCAAAAACGAUCCAAGCGGGAUAAAGACUCAGCUAUUCGUUGGCUCUAAAGAUGACCCUUCUGGUAUUUUAUGGUCAAAUGACUUAUCUUUGCCCAUAGCUACAAGAUUAACCGCUUUGGCACGACUGGCAAUGCAUUUAAUCGGCGAGAAAGGAUUUAAUGAGUCAACAAUAGAUUUGGUAUUUACCCCAGCAUUGAAAGACUAUGAUUUUGUUAUAACCACCAAAGGUAGCGAUUUAGUUGCCUCUUCGGGAAUUUUACCUGCUAAUAGUUUCAAAAACUUGAUAGGGGUUCUUAGUUCUUUUCCUGGCGAUAUAUCAACGACGUAUGACCUUGUUCAAGGAUACGUCAAUGAUCUUAAUAGAAAAUUUGGGAAUUUGAUCUUGUUUUCUACAAAGAAGUUUUCUAGUUUAGCCAAGGACUCAUCCAAUGUUGUUACUGGUGUGUUUGUUCCGACAUCUUCUUCGGAAAAGAAAUUAAAACCAACAUUGGGAAUAAAUGUUAAGCCUUUUACAUCAGGUGGUGAUGAUGAUGUAAUAAUCAACAAAGACGCCAUAAUGAGUCAAAUAAAGUUGUUGGGCGACGACUUGAUCGAGUCACUCGAAAUUCUUUAA